AUGCCGACCCUGCCCCCCCGCGACUCGCAUCUCGAGCAAGUAGAAGGACAACGGAAGUUGCUCGCAAGAGCCACGCCACAAGAUCUUAUCGAAGAUCCGACCAUACUUGACCAAGCAUUGAAGACUGCUCUCAACUACGGCCAGGAAACUCACCAACUAAAGCAUUUGGAACUGCUCUUGGCUAUACUUCGCCGGAUAUCAUCAUGCCUUGAGGUGGAUACCAAAUUUCAAUCCAUUGUCUCAUCCGACAUAGCUCCUGAGUUUCAGCCAGGUGGCCUAUUCGCGACUAUCGUAGCCAACCAUCUCGAUCAUCCCCUAAAAGUGCAACAAACCCGCUCGACAGAGGUCCUAUCUGCUGCCGGGCAACUGGCUGCGCGCAGUCAAGCGGUAUCAGCCUCUUCCAACUUCAUGGUUCACCUAUUCCAGGGCUUCACUCGUAGUGAUCUGUCCAGUCGGGCCAAUAUGUCAGCACUGCACGCCCUUUUGCCGUACAUGCCAACCCGCGCAAUUCCCUCCAAACUUUUGGAAGAUUUAGAAGGCGAGGUUUCAAUAACACACAAUGCCGGCGCCCGCUGUGCCCUCGUCUCGGAUCUCCUUCUGGUAUUUGCUGGGGUCUCCCUCUUGCCAUUACCAAAGCAAUCACUCUCGCCCGAACAACAGGAUGCCCUGCUGUUGCGUCUCUCAACGCUGCUCAGCAAGUUUCAGCCGCAUGGCACAUUGGCAAACGUAACCCGAUACCUGUUACCCCGCCUAUUCACCACAUACCCCAGUCUAUUUCAGCCCUUGCUGUCCCUUGUCGGCCCACCGGAACCGGUAAUCAAUACCUGGGUGGCUAUAGCUUUCUUGGGAGUAUCCAACGGCUUGGUUGAGGUAGAACAUCUCCCGCGUGAUGAAAUUCGGCUGGCGCUGGAAAGUGAUGAUGCCGAUACUAGGCUUCGAGCAUUCGACCUUGUGACCGGGAAGAAAGCCUACACGGAGGGUGUGCUGCAGUUGAUCAAGGAGAGUUUUGUGUGGAAUGAAGCGCUUCCAUCGGCCGGUUCCCGUUCUGCAUUCUCAUCUGCGACGUAUGCCUUCUUUGUCCGUCUGCACCAGUAUAUCACCCUUCUCCAUCGCAAUCUGCGCAGACUGUCCAAGCAGCCUUCGACUCCCGAAGCCCUCAAGGACAGUGAUCAAAUUCGAGGUGCUCUUGUCCAUACCGAUAACUUUCAUUCGUGGUUCCUGGCCUGGAUCGACGAAAAUCUGUGGCAUGCGAGGAGGUAUCCAGUGUUUCGGGUACUGCUGGCGCUAAACUUGCUGAGUCGGUAUCUGGAUGUCUUUGGGAGCGAUGAAGGGAAACAAGAAAGGGUGUUUACCCAGAGCAGGGUGGAACAAUUGCUUGCUUGUCAGGCAAGCGAAUUCACUGAAGUCCGGUCCCGUUCUCGAAAAAUUCUCGAUAAUGCAAAGAUCCCUCUGCCAGCCUACGACACCCCUGCAACACCCUCUUCUCGAGCCCUCUUACAUACAGCCCUCGAGUCCAUCUGUCACCCUCGGAAAACGCAAGCCGAAACUGGUAAAGCAGCCCUCUGUAUCCUGUUCGGUGUGGUCUUGAAGCAUAGCACUGAGAAAGAAGCUCUCGGAUUUGUACAAGAGCUGAUCGACAAGCUGGAAGCCACGGUGGAGAUUGUCCAGCGGGAUUUGACCAUGAUUGAGACUCACCCAUUACAUGGUCUUUUGGGUGGAAUACGGGAUGUCCUCCAUUGCCUCAACAUCAAUACCCUCGAAUCACAGUCUCUAUGGACUCCCAUCUUUCACCAACUCUUCAGGCUGACUUCUCGCGUCUGGAAUGUCACCAGAGCCGUCAUCUCCCUCUCCCCCACAAAGCUCACCUCUAUCGACGAGGAGGGCGCGGGCAAAGACGCACAUCAUGAAAUUGCCCGAGCUUAUGAAGUUUUGGGCGGGGGUGAAGAUGGCGAAGAUGAAGAGGGGAUCGACCACACGGGAUUACUGUCGGGAUGCUGGCGAGCUACAAUGAGCGCUGGUGAGCUCCUGUCCAGCCUCAUCGUCAUUCCCAUAUCUCAAGACGGCGUUACUCAGAUGAUCUGGUCACGCUCUGAGGUCGACUCGGCCGGUCAAACGUUUCUCGUCUGGAUGCAUGAGAUCCGACAUCGCGGGACAUUCUCCAAGCUUGCAAGCGCUUUCGCUCUUCUUGUGGAAGCUGUCAGGCCGAUCGACGCCCUCGCUGAUCUUUGUCAAGGAUGGUUGGGUCGAGAGCUGGAGACCAUCUCGUCGGACGGACUCUCCACUACCAGACGAUCCGCAGCCCUGCCAUACAGCAUCUUGGCUAUCGUGUCUGGCUCUGAAUUGUUGCUUGAGCGGGCCUUGCUUGCUUUGCUUGACUUUGCUCGGGUUGAUAAUAACAAGACGUCGAACGUUACCAAGGUGCACGCGUUCAACGUGUUGAAAAUCGUGCUACUGGACGCCAAGCAGACCAAGUGGUUUGAUGUCUGGUUUGAGCGGGGUGUCAUCACAUCUUUGCGAGCAUUUGAAUCUCCAGACUGGAACGUCCGAAACGUCGGCUUGAUACUCUUUUCAACUUUGGUCCACCGAUGUCUCUCUCCUCCCCGAGGCGGCCAAGACUACUACCGCUCCCGUGCCACCCUCGCUUCCCGAACAACGUUUUCCACCUUUCACUCCAAGUUCCCCCUCAUCCUUCCUUGCCUCAUCGACCAUCUGUCGAGCGGCAAUACAGCCGAAGCGGACAAUAAACACACACCGCUGUUCCCCAUCUUGAUCAUUAUCCGAAGUUUGCGGUGGUCUGAAAAGAAUACAGAUUUACCCCAGCGGUCGAUGCGUGUACUGAGUCCGUACCUGCAUAGCCGAGAGCAUCAAGUACGGCGGGCAGCUGCUCAGGCAUUGUCAUCUGUCCUUUCUCCAGAAGAGGCAUUGCAGCGCGUGCUCGAGACGUCUGCUGACUCAAUGGGUCCCCCAAACGCUGCCCACGGGCAAACAUGUCUCAUCCAUCAGCUUGUGGAGAACCAGAUACAAUGGGACAGUGUUACGGGGACCGAUAAGGAAGCCGUGGGGGCUGUGCUUCUAGGAUUGGUAAAAGAGCAUCUGCCGGGUCUGUAUCCGAUCAUUACAGCAGAGUCGAUCGCCUGUGUAGAGUCGUAUCUCUCUCAGGCCAAACCCGAUACAAGCGCUUUGCAAGAUUUGCUUGUCCGAGAAGCAUCCGAAUAUCUCGAAUCCCCGACACGGAGCCUUGUCCCGGGCGAAGAGUUCCGUCUCGCCGCAUGCGCCAAUGCCAUCUUGUCCCACUCCCCUUCGGCUCUCGAUGUCCUCUCUCUCCUCGGUCCCCACUCGGCUGAAACGGUCAACCUUAUCGUGCUUGAACGCCUACCCCAACUCGAGAAUGCUUAUUCAACGAAGCUGUUGAACUGCGUGCUCACAUUGGCCAUCACGGGACAAGCCGGUGAUGCUGUAUCAGAAAAGGCAUUGGAUGCUUUGGCCGAGACUGAUUGGAAGUCGCUUUUGGAAAGCUGGAGAGAGGAAGGCGGAAGGCUUGAGAGCAUCUGUCAAUCGCUAGAGACACUGCUCGUGAGAUCAAAAUGUAUACCGGUGAAGGAGGCGGCCCUGGCGGCGCUCGGGUGGGUUGUGCAUAUGGCUCUCGGAAAUGACCCCCAACAUUUGCCAGUCUAUGACAAGCUAGCGUCCAGAAUCCUCUGUUCAUCGCAGGAAGACGAGGCAACUGACCCUCACAUACAGUCUCAACCAGCAAGAUACGCAGCGUACAAAGCUCUCUCGUAUCUCGGGCCACAUCUUGCCUCGUGGCCCAGCCCCAAACUCCACCAAGCGCUACUCCGUCUAGUCCAGGACGAUGAUGAAGAGAUCCGGCAAGGAGCUGCCGCCGUCAUCGUCGGGCUGGCGGGCCGCGAAGAAGGCGUGGUGCAACAGAAAGCGGUGGAGAUCUGGUACGCCUGGGCGGAGCAGCACCUGCUGAAAUUCGAUGGCGAUUCGGCGCAAACCGGAGAGUGGGUGUCAUGGUUGCACGAGGUAUCAACAGAUCGACAGGGAGCUUCGCAUGACUCGGCUGUGCUUGCGGGGAUCGUCAACAACGAUAUCCUGUUUGGAGUCGAGCCUCCUAACAUCUUCCGAGAUCCCCUAGUGGAUGUGGCAUAUGCCUCCAGGCUGCUCAAUGCCAUCGGCAUUGCUCGGCGAUCCGACGGGCAUGACCUUUACACAGCGCUUAGCUUGGCGCCGGAAAAGACAGUCACAAGUCUGAGCCCUAUCGAUGAUGCAUGGGAAGCUCGCAAAAGUGCGAUGCGGCGCGGGCAGACACAGAGCAGAAGGGAGGGUUGA